ACCCCAGGCGCAGCUAGCGCGGGGAAGAAGAGCGCCUCCCCCCACCCAGCCUGGCCCGGACCCAGGGCCCUGCUGGCCAGUCGCUCCCUCAGGUCCCGAAGGUGGGGCCCAGGCCUGGGUUGCCAUGGAUACCGUGUCCCUGGAGCAUCAGAUCCAGAGUGUGCAACGCCACAUCAGCUUCCUGAAAAAGGAGCAGAUGGCCCUGCUUCGAGACCUGCACCUGGAGAUCCUGAGGCUGCAGAAACGCUGCUCAGAACUGACUCAUGACCUGGAGAUGAGAGAGGCCCAAUCUCACCAGCAAGAGGCGGCGUCCCGGGAGCUGGAGAGCAAGUGCCGCGCACUGGAGUCGCAGCUGGCGGCGCGAGCGGCCGCCAACGCCGAGCUGCGGCGGGAGGUGGCGCAGCGCGAGGCGCUGGUGUCUGCGCUGCGCUGCAGCCUGCGCACGGAGGAGCGCCGCUUCCUGGAGGAGCUGCGGCGCCGCAGCCACCGCGCCACGGUGCUGGGCACCGAGCUGCAGAAGCACACCGAGGCGGCCGCCUACCUCUCCUGUCAGCUGCACGCGGCGCGCCAGAGACUGCAGACUCCGCCCGCGCUCUUCCUCUACGCCCGGAGGCCCCCGCGGCCCAGCGGCCGCAGCCCGCGCCAGCCGCCUCCCCAGGAGCCCCCGGACCGAGCCGGCCCGCCGGCCGCGCCCAACCCGCCCAGCGCGCCCGGGGAGCCGGAAUAGGCGCGGGGCUGCGGGGUGGGGAGUGGGGAAGGCCGGCCCGGCCUACGGCUAGGGACGCAGCUCGGGCCGCGCACGCACGUUCCGGGGGCCGCGGGAGCCGGCGCUCCUCCUGGGAGCGGACGGAGGCGGCCCCAGCUCCCCUACCCCGCCCAACCGCCCCCGCCUUUUGUAUUGUCCUCCCCCGAGGGAGCUCCAACGCGGGGCUGCGAGAGUGCACCUUUUUUUGUGGAGAGGGUGUACGUACGGAUGCUGAUCAGUUCUCCACCCUGUUGCAGGGAGGGGAGGGGGCGGAGGUCACGCCCUGCCCCGGGAAAGCUGACAAUCGUUGGACGGGAGGGGGAAGGCUGGGCUGGCCUACAAAAGGAACGCAGUGGCACUUAGCACCCCUAGGCCUCCUAGCUCCCCCCUCGGGCCUCCCCCAGCCCCGCACGGCUGCCCUGUCCGCCAAGCCUUCCUUCGAGGGGAGGCUCGAGCUAGGGGCUAGCGGCUGGACCUUUUUCCUCUGAUGCCGCUUCUCCUACCCCUACCCUGCUGAUAGGUCCUUACCGGUGAGCACCCAACACUUUAGAGGCAUUUCCUGCCAGAGCCCCUGGUAGGGAAAUUGUGACGUGAUGGAAGUUUGAACUUCUGGAAGGUAGCACCCAUAGACCCUCGGAGAGGAGUACAGAACGGCUUUGGUGACAGAACCCGGUCUAGAGCUGUCUCCAGUUCAGUCCUUUCCCAGGAUGCUCAUCCAAUAUUUAGACCCCGGAGCUGCGCUAGGGAAGCGAGGGGGACACUCCUGAGUCCCCUACGGACAUACGGACAUACGGACAUACGUACGGCUGUGGAAGGGCACAAAAGGCCGUCCCCUUCCGGAUGCAGCUGGGAACCUGAAGGCUGCCUUGGGAGCUUUCCUAGUCCUGUUUAUUGGUGCUAAUUUUGCCCAGCUGCACCCAGAGCCGGGAAGAAGGGCCGGGUUCUUGGAAGUGGAUGUAGUUGAGAGAGGUUUGAGUUUGCUGGGGUGGGGGGAAGGUAGGAGCACAGGUUAGUCCCCAGGCUGGUCCCCUCUAGGGAUGCCCCUGAUCCUACCAGAACUGACAGUGGCCGGAUGCAUCUGUCUAGGAUAGCCAGUAGUGAAAUGGCAAAUGAGACACCCCACAUCCUAACUACUUGCCCCCAGCUCCCCUCUCCUGACCAAAGGCAGGAAGUGCAGUUCUGGUCUAGUGUGGCCCUCACCCCAAGCCCAACCCCUAGAAAGACAAACCCCUAGAGCCCCUUCCCCCAUGCCAUGCCUCCUCUGAUGGUCCUAAGUGCCUGUGAGGUCUUCCAGGGGCUGCAGAGGGAGGGUGGGGGGCAGGGAGAAGCCCUUACCUCUGUCACAAGUAGCGCGUCCUGGCAGAUCCUGUCCUGACUGAGGCUGAGCAUUCUGUGUGUCACCCAGGAUCUGGGAGUUGAGCAGGGCCAGUCUCCAGGGGUGGUGAACCCUUCUUCCAUCACCAUCCCUGUGAUGAACAGGGGGAACCCCCAAUCCUGUCCUCUUUCACUAUGUUGGAGGGAGUGGGAAAUCCCCAAGAAUCAAAACCAGUGAGCACACUCUGGGCCCCCACAAAUAUGCUGUCCUUUCCCAGCUGAUUGCAUUCAGGACUGCUGAGACUGUGCAAUAACUGGGCCUCAUCCGGGCGUCCAGCCCCUGGAAUGCAGAUGCCCAAGGUGUGGAUGCCCUUAGGACAGACAGUGCUCUCUCUCACUCAGUCUCCGUUGGGCCACAGUGUUGGCCUGGAGUCCUUGCCCUGCCCUGGCCUCUUACCCUUCUCUCCUGCCCCGUGGUUGUGCCUCUGCCCUCCGUGUCCCCCCUCAAGUGUGUGUGACUCACUGUACCCCUGGUCCCGUUGCCUCCCUUUCAGAGGUGCCUGUGUGAGGAGGCCUCUCUCCUCUCUUGGCUGCACUCUCCUGAAGGGACCCAAAGGACUGUGGGAAGGAGGGAAAGGGUGUCUUUCUAGAGCAACCCACCUAGAUCCUGAGCUUCCACAAUCACACUUUUGGGGUAAACAGGGUGACUUUGUUAUGUUGAUUCUUCUACAGAGAUGGUGAAGUACUUUAUCCACCCUCUCCCCCCCCCCCCCCGACUAAAAGCCAUAGCUAUGCCUGCCUGGCCUCCCCCAGCUCUAUAGCAAUAGCCCUUCCCCUUCCCUCCUGGGUACCCAGGGUGUCUAGCCAGGGGGCCUCCACCACACCCCUCCCCCAGGGAGCUUCCGGCAGCUUGUCUGCCUCUCCCCAAGUAACCCCAUCAGCACCUCCAAAUUCCUGUCCCUCUUCUAGCAACCAGAGAUAAUGACAAUUAUUUGUGGGGUGCUUGGAGAUCCCCCAGAUGAAAGGUUCUGAGUGCUGGCUGACUUGCUGACUCUCACCUGAGGUGUUGAGGGUCUGGGAAAGGAAAUAAGCCCUCCUCCUCCACUUAGCAAGCUGGGGGGAGGGGCUGAGGCAGAUGGAGGGUUCCAAUUUUAACCAAUUCCUCUUCCCCAUUCUUCUAGAAAUAACGGACUGAGGACUUCCCUCUAUCCACCUGCCCCACGUGCAGCAGAAUGGGGCUGGGAGUCAGUAGCCUUCCCUUGGCCUAGGAGCCCCAAAUUCUUUAGCCUCCAGCUCUCUCCCUCUCCUAGCCUGGGGGACCCACACUGCCAAAGGAAAGACAGCUUCCCAUGAGCCCCUGGAAUGUGUGGGUGACUAGAAGGGAAAGGAUCGUGUCUCCUCCCCGCUCCACUCUUCUCUGCAGCACCAUGAGUCCCCAUUGGGGAGGGGCAUGCUGACAAGAACACUCAGGGCCCCCCCCCGCCCCCGCCUCGAGGUGGAGUUCCAGCCACACACCAAGUAUGGAUAGACCCAGGAAGGAGAGCUGCAAGUGGGGACCCCUCCCUGUUCUGGAAGCCAGCCAGGGACAAGUGGCCAAUGCAGCAUGAGACUCUAUACCCCUGCCCCCCAUAUCCCACCCACAGUGGCCUGCAGAUUGGGGGACCACUCCAGGGCUGAAAUGGGGUAGCCCUUCCCCAAGCCAGCAGCAGAGUAGAGGUCUCCCCAUGGAGAAGAGGGAGGCCAGGAGGGUGUGGAACAGCAUCUCCUUAGUGCAAAGAGCUGGGAUCUCUAAGCACCCUCUCCCUGAGGUGCCAGCCUUGAAUAGGGACAUGCAGGGCUUCCACACCACCUGGCAGGAGCCCCAUUGGUGGGGCAGAGGGAUCCUGCUCUAAAUUCUCUGUUGGCUGCGCUUUUUAAUCCAAUGCUUUUCAGAGUGUAUUCACUCACCUACAGAAAUAGAGCCCUGUGCUUUAGGGGUGACUGUCAUAUGCCUUAUUCUUAAUAAAAUAUCUGAAAAACACA